AUAUCCUUUUGGCAGGACGUCUUUGUAGUGGGGAGCAGUCUGCCCAACCCCAUCCCACAGUGCCAGGACUUGAGGAGAGAAGCGCUCACACGCACUGUACUCACGGCGCCUGCUCUGGUCCGCUCCUUCGACAGUGCGCAGCCUAUAAUUCAGCACAGACAAGAGACACCCUUGACCAGUUCCCGGACUCUACCCUAGGCUACUGCUGACCACGUUCUAACAGGACUUGCCUCGAAGAGCGGAACAUGGGACCAACGAAUCCAUUUUUUUGCAAAGGAAAAGGUUGACAUUACACAUGAGUCAUUUGGAGAGGCAGAAGUGUAUAAACAAACGGAGCAGAUAAAGAUGAACAUUACCAUGCCCUGUCUCCGUUGCCACUACCACAUUCGUUUAGCUUCUUUUUCAUUUUCUGCACAGACGCAGAAUAGGUGGAAUUAUUGAUUAAAAGGGAAGAGGAUUCCAAUGUGGACGGGAGAGGAGACACUCGUGACAAUGAGAGUCACAUCAAUUUAGGAGCGGCCCUUCAGAAGAUAGCCGUUUAUAUGUGAAGGACAGAAAUGAAGUCGUCUCCAGGAUAGCGCUGUGAGCGAGUGCAUCCGAUCGGAGUUUGCUGGCGAUCUGCGGGGCUGCUGCUCCCCGUAUUUGCGGCCAUGCUGCGGGAAGCAUCCUCCGAGCUCUUCACCGACUUGAGGGGCUUUUACCAGCUGAUUGUUAUUACAGUGAAUUCGUCAAAAUGAUUUCGUUGUCUUGAAGACGGCUAUUCCCGAGGCUUUUUUGCAAUAUUUGUUUCAUCGUUUGCUAAAGAACUCUGCGCAGAGAGAGCUGAUCAUAUUUCACAUAGCUCUGACAUUUGUAUCCUAACAAAAUUCUGUGGAAAACAUGUAAUUAUUUUUAGACUAUGUUCCGUGAAUUGCGGAACAAAAGUUUUGGGUUUUGUCCCGGGUUGGGUAGUGUAGGCCUAUGGGGUCAAGUGUUUCUCUGUUUGUGUGUAAAGUCGGCACGCAUAGCAGCCAAUUCGCUCAAGCUUAUUAUAUGAGUUAGGCAUUGUAUUAAAAUCUGAAUGAAUGUGUUGGAUGUUUCCCCUACUGGUAUUGCACUCUAACAGCUGGACAGUGUACUAUUCACGAGGGGACAGGUGUGUUGUCCAGAGAGUCAUUUGGAGAAUGAACCCAGAGGUCCUAUCCACUUUAAGCCCUUUAUGGGGGGGGUAAUGUUUAGUGCAAAAACAAAUAUUUUUAUGCAAGUCAGCCUUGCAUGACUGCCUUGGGGAGCAAGUCAUUUCUUACAGCAGAUUCUAACAUCCGAACAUGGGCACCAAACAGACCAAAGGUGCCGGGUGCCAAGAGGCUGGGCCCAGCCCACAGCACGGGUGGAAACGGACCCCUACCAAGGAGAGGGGUGACAUCUUCACCUCCUUCAUGUUGAGGUCAGGGGACCGGCUGAGUCGUGGAGGGUCCCCUCCGCCUUACCAGCGCCGGAUAAGCAUGAUCCAGGAGAUGAUGCUGAUGGCCAAGCAAGGAAAACAGGACAAGGCCACAGAGAUGCUGCAGACACUCCGGCAGGACUUGGGGAUGGAGUCCACGUCUCUGGAUGACGUGCUGUACCGCUACGCCAGCUUCAGGAACCUGGUGGACCCCAUCACCCACGACCUCGUCAUCAGCCUGGCCAGAUACAUCCAGUGCCCCCCCAAGACCGGCCCGGGGGAGGAUUCUCUGGGUGCCAUGGAGAAGGUGUGUCGCCAGCUGACCUAUCACCUGAGCCCACACUCACAGUGGAGACGGCAGGGCAUACUGAAGAGGAAGCCGCUGGCAUGUCUCAAGGUCAUGCUGUCGACCCCUCCCCCUAACGGGACGCUGGACCUUUCGGGCAUCCCCCUGACGGUGCGUGACAUGGAGCGCCUUUGUGCCUACCUGCAGCGCCACGCGCCCAUCAUCUGCAGCCUGGAGCUGGGCUUCACCGAGCUCACCGACGACGCCUUCCUCCUCCUCCUGCCCACGCUGGCCGCCCUGCCCCGCCUGGAGACCCUGGCCCUCAACGGCAACCGGCUGACCCGUGCCGUCCUCAAGGAGCUGACGGACAGCCUGAAGGACCCGGCCAGCUUCCCCAGUGUCACGUGGAUCGACCUGGGCAACAACGUGGACAUCUUCUCCCUGCCCCAGCCCUUCCUGGUGAGUCUGAGGAAGCGCUGCCCCAAGCAGGGCAACCUGCCCACCAUCCUGGAGUUUGGUGAGAGCCAAGCCAGCGAGCCCGAGGGGAGGGUGGGGGAUGAUGACGAUGACAGGGAUGACACCAACAGGACAGUGAGCAUGGAUGAACUGAGGUCGGAGGUGGAGGGAGAGACGGAGAUUGAGGAGAUGAUGGAAGAGUUGUUGGACUUUGACCUGGAGGUGCAGGGGAAGGAGAACGAGAUAGAGGACAGCAUGUGGACAAUGGAGGAGCAGAGGAGGGAGGGACAGAGGAAGGAGGAGACACAGGGACAGGGAAUUAGGAAGAUGGUGGAGAGGGCAGAGCUCGAGGAGGAAGACACAGAGAGUGAGUCCUCCCACUUGUCGGGCUCCAGCCACUCGCAGCAUUCCUCAAGAGAGGUUGAUCUAAUGAAGGAGGAUGGAGAGAAGGGGACUGAUCACGUAGACCACCUAACCUGAGCAAGAACCCCGGU